UCUCCUCGUGACCCUGUCAGCCGUUUUGCCAAAGCACGUUCUGGACGUGGGCUCGCUCUCCUCCCUUCGCCGCCCUGGCCUGAGCCACCAGCAUCCCCACCUGGACUGUGGCAGUGGCCUCCUGACUGGUCUCCGGGUGGCCGCUCUGGCCUCCCCCGUCUCCUGUCCCCACAGUACUGUAGUCAGAACAACUGCCUUAAAGCAGAGUCUGACCAGCCCCCCUCCCCUGCUCAAGCCCUCCCACACUCCCAGCUUGCUUAGGGGCAAAGCGAAGUCCACCCAUGGCCCUUACAGACCUGCAAAGCUUGUGUGGCCUCUCUGACCUCUUCUGCUACUUAGUCCACACUGGAUGUUUCUCAAACCUGCCAGACUUAAUAAACAGAGAGGUUGAGUAACUCUCCCAGGGUCACACAGGCUUUAAGGAACCCAGUCCGUCAGGCUUUGGAACUUGCUGUCUUACGCUGGACACGUAAAUAGCCUCAUUGCUUCUCUGUUCCCUGCAAAGAAAGUACUGUCUGUUUUACUGACAAGGAUGUGGAGGUCCCCAGCUCCUACCCUGGGUGAUUUGGUACCUACAGCAGGGGGAUGGACUUUGACCUCCAAAUCCUGAGCUCCUCUUCCUCACGGGGCCCUCUGGCCAGGCUCCCUGUGGCCGCAUCACCCACCACGGCCGGAGGAGGACUGGCCAAGGCAGGGCUGACUGGGUGUAGGGACCAUCUGAGGACCAAGCUUGGUCCCAGGUGGAGCCUUUGCUGCCGAGUGGCUGUGGUGGCAGGAGGACCCGGGGCCCUAAGAGGAACUUCUUCUUGCCUCAGCGUUGGGUCCCAGACUGGAGCUUUACAGCUUGGUCUAAGCAGCUUCUGGAGGCCCAGUCGUGCGUGAGAUCCUGAAGAGUGUCUGUGCCGUUUGUUUCCUGCUGGGACUGCGACAGUAGCUCUUGGAUCUGUUACCCGCACGGCGGCCAGAAGGAGCACUGAAACCUCUUUACGCCACUUCCCUGCCUGAAAUCCUUCAGCGAUUUGCUGGUGCUUUGGGGGAAGAGGGGGAUUGCCCUCCCCGCUGACACCGCAGAGGAGCUGCAGGACAUCAUCGGCAUGGACAAGCCCACCAGCCUCCCAGAUUUCCUGGCCAAGUUUGACUACUACAUGCCUGUCAUCGCGGGCUCCCGGGAGGCCAUCAAAAGGAUCGCCUAUGAGUUUGUCGAGAUGAAGGCCAAGGAGGGCGUGGUGUAUGUGGAGGUGCGUUACAGCCCACACCUGCUGGCCAACUCUAAAGUGGAGCCGAUCCCCUGGGACCAGGCCGAAGGGGAUCUCACCCCCGACGAGGUGGUGGCUGUGGUGAACCAGGGCCUGCAGGAGGGAGAGCGAGACUUUGGGGUGAAGGUGCGGUCUAUCCUGUGCUGCAUGCGCCACCAGCCCAACUGGUCCCUGGAGGUGGUGGAGCUGUGUAAGAAGUACCAGCAUCAGACUGUGGUGGCCAUUGACCUGGCUGGAGACGAGACCAUCCAAGGGAGCAGCCUCUUCCCAGGACAUGUGCAGGCCUACGAGGAGGCCGUGAGGAGCGGCAUUCACCGCACUGUCCAUGCAGGGGAGGCGGGCUCUGCGGAGGUGGUGAGACAGGCCGUGGACACGCUUAAGACGGAGAGGGUGGGACACGGCUACCACACGCUGGAUGACGAGGCCCUUUACACCCGGCUGCGCCGCGAAAACCUGCAUUUUGAGGUCUGCCCCUGGUCCAGCUACCUCACAGGCGCCUGGAAGUCGGACACGGAGCACCCGGUGGUUCGGUUCAAACGUGACCAGGCUAACUACUCACUCAACACGGAUGACCCUCUCAUCUUCAAGUCCACCCUGGAAACCGAUUACCAAAUGACCAAACAGAACAUGGGCUUUACUGAAGAGGAGUUCAAGAGGCUGAACAUCAAUGCGGCAAAGUCCAGUUUCCUCCCGGAAGAUGAGAAGAGGAAGCUUCUUGAUCUGCUCUAUAAAGCCUAUGGGAUGCCAUCUUUGGCUGCUGCAGGGCAGCGUCUCUGAAGACAUCACGGCCACCUCUCCAAGCCCUCACCCUGUGGAUGGAGCCUCCCUGACACUGGGGCCUGGAAUGACACGCCUACCUUUACUCCUUCAAGGAAGACCAGGGUUCCCAUAGUCAGCUACUGCUGCUCUUGAAGCCUGUGUGCCUGUUUCUGUACACGUGAAAACUUCAGCACGCUGUAUCUCUCCUCGGACUGUGGACCAGAGUCUGGUUGAAUCUGAAACCUUCCUAUGGGGACUCAUGCUGAAAAUCUGGUGCUCAAUAAAGAAGCUAAUGACUA